GGUGAGAGAAAGUCCUGCAGCCGCAGACUGCAGCACCAUCCGCGCACCGGUCUGCGCUGCGGAGCGCGGAGCGCUACUCAGGCGGGAUGGACAGAGACAAAACCGAGCCGGAUCCAUCCCAUCACCGCAACGGGAUCGUGGGAUUACUCUAUGGAGAGUUCACAGACAUUCUUAAUGGAAAAGUUAGGUGUUCUGUUAGUUUGACGGAUCAUGCCCUCACAGUUCAGAAGAUCACUUCGUCACCUGGACAGGGCAAGGUGGUUUUCGACUUGAAUGACUGUAUCGGUUGUCGUGCAUUUAAAGGAGAGGACAAUGCAGACACCGCGGCUUACUUUUCAGCGUAUUUUUAUCCGUUUAAGAGAAAAUGGUUGAGUUCGGCAACGGCCCGCCAGAGAUUGGAGCAAAGCUUUCGGGUUGCGCUCGCUCAGGACCCUAGCGCUAACCUCGAGGAGGCUGAACGGUGGGCUCGAGCUAUAAGGGAUGCUUCAUUUCGUAAUUUACCUCGGCGUGAUGGUGCCGUAUACUGUGAGGUGCGUCGCCCUUGCCGGCUCAUGCUGCUGCUGAACCCCAACAGUGGACGGGGCCAGGCGAUGUCCCUCUUCACCACCCACGUCCAACGCAUGCUCACCGAGGCUGCUGUCCCCCACACACUGGUCAUCACCGAGCACCAGAACCAUGCACGGGAGCUAGUGCGGAAGGCUGAUUUGUCUCAGUGGGACGCCUUGGUGAUUCUGUCAGGAGACGGGCUGCUUUUUGAGGUGGUGAACGGCCUGAUGGAGAGAGAGGACUGGGAGGUGGCCGUCCAGACGCCGCUGGGCAUCCUACCCGGAGGCUCGGGCAACGCCCUGGCAGCUUCCGUCAACCAUUACUCCGGGGCCCCGAUGCUGUUUGGCGAGGAGCUGCUGGUCAGCUGCGGCUUCCUGCUGUGCAAGGGCCUGCUGUCUCCGCUGGACCUGGUGUCGGUCCACCUGGCCUCGGGCCAGCGCCUCUUCUCCUUCCUGUCGCUGGCGUGGGGCUUCGUGGCCGACGUGGACAUCGAGAGCGAGCGCUACCGGCAGGCGGGCGCCCUGCGCUUCCUGCUGGGCACGCUGGUGCGGCUGGCGUCGCUGCGCACCUACCGCGGGCGCCUGGCCUUCCUCCCCGUCCACCAGGAGCAGGUGGCCGCCGCGGCGCAGGAGGGCCGGGCGGGCAGGGCGGCGGCCUCCACAUCCACCGUCUCGUCCGACGACGACGACUCCUCUCCGUACGCCUCGCCGCCCGACUCGCCCAGCUCGUCCUUCUGCUCGGCCAUGUCGUGCGGGCCGCUGACCGACUCCUCUCCGCCCUGCAGCGCCCUCUGCCCCGAAAACUCCGUCCACAACGGCAGCGGGAGCAGCCCGUCGCCCAACAACGACAACAAAAACACCCUCCACAACGCCUCCAACAACGCCGUCCAGCUCCUCCAGGCCGGCUCGGACCAGACCACGCCCCUGGUCAAGGGCCCGCCGGACUCCCUCCUGCCCCCUCUGGACGAGCCGGUGCCGGCGGGCUGGACGCAGAUCGCCGAGACGGGCUUCGUCCUGGUGCUGGCCAUGUGCCAGUCCUACCUGGCCGAGGACCUGCAGGCGGCCCCGGAGGCGCGGCCCCAGGACGGCUGCAUCCACCUGUACUACGUGCUGGAGGGGGUGUCGCGGGCCGCCCUGCUGCGCCUCUUCCUGGCCAUGGAGAAGGGCACGCACAUGGACUGCGGAGCCCCACAGCUGGUGUACCGGCAGGUGCGCGCCCUGAGGCUGGAGCCCCUCUCCGCCCAGGGGGCGCUCACCGUGGACGGGGAGCAGGUGGAGUGCGGCCCCGUGCAGGCUCAGGUGCACGCCGGCCUGGCCAGACUCAUGUCCAGCUGAGGGGGGGGGGGACGGACGGACGGACGGACGCUAAGUGAGUGAGUGAGUGAGUGAGUGUGGUCUCGGGAUAUAGAUCUCUGUUUAGCAGGUAGAUUAGGUUCCAGAGCACUUUACAGCAAAGGCUCGAGUCUUUGUGCCAUGUGAAUUAUAGUAAGUGCCAAUAUGUCUGUUAGACAUAUGUAGUUUUUACAGAAAAAAAAAAAGGUGAAAAGAAGUUCCAUUCCUGACCUGUUAUUUAUUUUUCUACUUUGGGCAAUGAAAUGACAGAACUGGUUUUAUGUUGUGAUUCAGAAUUUUUUUAAUAAGUGUCUUCUUCUCUUGUGGGAUCACAGUGAAAUGAUUCUGGCCACGUAUAUGUGUGUGUGUGUGUGUGUGUGUGUGUGUGUGUGUGUGUGUGUGUGUGUGUGUGUGUGUGUGUGUGUGUGUGUGUGUGUGUGUGUGUGUGUGUGUGUGUGUGUGUGUGUGUAAGGUCACAGCAUUAGAGUGCUCUCUGGUCUGAGUCCAUAAGCGUGUCAGGAGGAGAGCAGGGUGCUUUUUCCCAUCCUUGGGGAGCACGCCAUGACAACAGGCGUGAGGACCCAACCCCACUCAAGGCGAACUGAGGCCUGGCCUCACGCCUCUGUGACUACCCCCCACCCCCUCACACACACACACACACACACACACACACACACACACACACACACACACACACACACACACGCGCACACACACACACACACACACACACACACACAUACACACUCACUCACACAAACACACACCCUCCAGGGGCUUGAUGCUGCUGUGUAGCCUGAGGAAAGAGAUGAGAUGCAGCCUUCACGACACACACUCUCUCUCUCUCACACACACACACACUCUCUCUCUCUCACACACACACACACACACAAACACACACACACACACACACACACACACACACACACACACACACACACACACACUUGUCCUCUGCUGCUUCAUUUGCUCCCCUCAGUGCUUCCAUUCAGUUGCUGCCCUCCAGAGGCUCAGAGCUGGAGAGGGCCAUUCUGCCCAGGCUACAACAGGCACCGUGCCAAACGCUGGAAAAAAGUCAAGUGGUCACCAAUGCCUUGAUGCAUCCAAGACGCUGGCACGAAACACACACUCACACACACACACACACACGCACACACACACACACACACACACACACACACACACACACACACACACACACACACACACACACACACACACACUCACACCGCUGGUCCUGAAUCAGAUCUGUGUGACCUAGAUUUGGGUUUAGAACAAUGAGGCAGAAGAUCCGUCAUAGUUGAGUUGACAGCUCUGUCGAUAAAUGCAGUUCAUACCUCUCUCCAUGUCCCAGAAGCGUAGUGUUACACUGGAUAAGGGAGGGGGCCAGCAGGCACAGCACAGCUCAGCACUGCAUCCCGGACCUGGAUUCUGAUGGGAUGCUGUCUUUCUUUAGCUUUACUUUCCGCAGAGUAUGAGAGUCCUAAGACAUCCGCACCCAGGUGUCUCUUUACUGAGCUUCCUCCAUGUUUCUCAUAAUGGGAGAAUGAGUGAUGAGAGUCAUGAAGAGUCAAAUGUACUCAUAGAACUGCACUGAGGUCAGUUAUCACAAAAAAAAUGAUCUGUAUAUAAAAAACUGACCAAAUCAAAUAGAUGACUCGUUGUUCAAAGAGGAAAAGUAGAGGUUGGUAGAGAAGCACACUUACUGUAACUGAAGCACAACGUACUGUACUUCACUGAGCACGGUACUGUACUGAUAUUAGUCAUUAACGAAACCGCCUUAUGUGACGGAAUGGCUGAUGUAUACAUGUUUGCUUUCCAGAGAGAGAGAGCGUGUCAGCAUUUUUUUUCCAGUGGCCGAUUACUAACAUUAGGUCACGCUCCUUUGACCACAGAGCUAAUCAGUGUGGACUGCCGUCCAGGCCCUGCGAGUACCAUUUCUCCCUCCCUCCCUUUGCGAUGUGGUCUAAAAACGCUCAAUCAUAAGAUUACGCUUUGCAGUGGCCAGUGCGCUGCAUCACAGACGUGGACAUUUAAUACAUAAUCAGACUGCAUUAGGGUGCUGCUCUGCAUCAGCCGUCCGUUAUCCCCUGACUGACUGGUCUGACGCCAGCUUUUCCUCUUCAACUGCCUUGGAAAGGUAGCGCACACGAGACUGCAGUUCACCCAUGCACCUCUCUCUAUAGAUCCCAGAGAUGGUGCCAACCCUUAAGAACUAACACAGCUCCGCCACUGUGGACUCUGCCGUGGCACUGCCGCUCUAUGCUCUAGACUGUGAUGUAAUUUCUGUUAUAAUCUAAUGGGUCAGGUUAAGCCAUAUGUGCAGGGCCAUGUGUCCACGUUAGGGAAAUAAAGCACAACGUGAUGACAAGCUAUGCAAUCCCGACAGUGCAGUGAUGAUUAAAAUGUCUCUGCCAUGAGAGAGCACCCCCCUGUGGCUCAAUGAAUGUUACUCCUCUUUACUGGUGAAGGGACUUAAUUCUUAUCAAAUCUGUCUUUGGGUGAAAUUGAAGUUACUGUUACUCAAAUGCCUGUGCUUUUAUUGAUUUGUGUGUCUAUUUUGUUUGAGUUUUAUUUCUUUAUUUUUUUUUUGGUAUUAUUAUUAUGGAUUUGGAAAAAGUAUACAAGGUGAUCAAUUCCUCUUUAGUUUGGUGACUGGGCAGCAUUCCUGAUGGCAAGUGUAAGGCUUUAGCACUGUUGACUUCUUUGUCACAUACUGUACUGUUAUGCUGGGUAUCAAGAGAUAUAUUCUAUAUUUUUUCAUUCAUCAAUAACAUUCUUUUAUUUUCAGAUUCUGAGAUGAAGAAAAUAAAAAUGAAAAUUUAA